AUGAGUGGUGGUGAAGGUAGCUCUGCCGCCAAUGGUCCAUCUUCCAGCACCAACACAAGCACUAGCACAGGCGGGUACACCCUCCCCGUCGGCCCUCUCAUAUCGCGCAACCUCUCCUACGUGCUCAAACUCCCGCACCUCCCAGCCUUACCGCAAAUUCACUCCCUCUUAAUCGCUUCCGAGCCUAACAUUGCCACUCCUCCCGAUGCUAGUCAAGGGCAGACUUCAAACCAGCUUCAAUUGCAAGAACGGAUCAAAGCCCUGACCAACACUCAGCAAAAGCGGGAAGCGCUCAUCGAGCUCAAGCAAGCUCUUGCUCUCUCCGUCUCUUCGGCAAAAGAUGAGCUUCCCUCUUCCAUCUCCCAACAAGGAGAAGAGGAUGAGGAGGCGAGCUGGACCUCCUUGCAAGAGGGGCUCGAGCAUCGUCUCCUCCUCGCAGCGUGCUACGCCCUCUCCACCCCUCCACACCUGCACGAAGCGAAGCAUGAGCUAGAGGUAGCACGUGCCUCGUUGCGUGCGUGGAUCUCACCCCCGACUCUCGCCGGUGCUGGAGGCGUAGGCAUGAAAGAGCGUCGCUCAGCUCGCAUGCAGCGCAGCGCUGCCUGGUCGGGUGAUCUGCUCUUGGCAUUGGCGAAUGUGGUGGAGAUGCAGGGGGGGAGUCGGGAGGAGGUGAAGCGGUUAAUGGGGUGGAGGGAGAAGGCACUGGGCGCAAAGUAG